UUUUUUUUUAGGAAGGUUCGAAGUGAAAUGGACGAUGAUCGAAGCGCGUUCAGUGAUUCGAGGAAAAUUCAUGGAUUGACAAAUAAUUAUACCGAUGUACAUCGCGGCUUUCGACCCGGCGAGAACGUGAACUUACGGCUGAAUCUCACUCCGCCUUUGGAUGAGGAAUAUGGGGAAGACGUAUCAGCAGAUUGUUCGACUUCAGACGUGAAGCCAGCUUAUGGGGAACUGUCGCCAGUUUGUGCAAGUCCUUCAGCAAGAACGCCUAUUUUUGCGGGGAGUCCCGUUUCACCCUUCAAUGGAGACCUGUCACCAGUCGUCACUCGUCCGGGAGACUCCAAAAUCGAUGCCAUAAAAAAAUGGAGCAUAUCUACCUUCAAGUGCACGAAGCAGAUCUUGUCGGAGAAACUUGGCAAAACUUCCCGAACCGUCGAUUCAGAAUUAGAACCGCAAAUAGAUCAACUGAGGGACACACAUAGACGUUACCUGAAUAUUUUACGACUCGCAAAAGCCAUGGCUUCACAUUUCUCGGGCGUAGUUCAGACUCAGCACGUGUUGGGAGAAGCUUUCGCGGAUUUGGCCCAGAAAAGUCCGGAACUUCAAGAAGAAUUUUUGUACAAUGCCGAUACGCAGAGGAAUUUGACAAAAAACGGAGAGACUCUGUUGGGAGCGCUUAAUUUUUUCAUAUCGUCACUGAACACGUUGUGCAACAAAACUAUAGAAGAUACGCUGAUGACUAUCCGGGAUUACGAAACCGCAAGGGUAGAGUUCGAUGCCUAUAGGACGGACAUGGAAAGAGUCGCUCAAGAGCCUAAAUCAGAUGCCAGUGCUGCGAAAAUGAGGGAGUCGCAGCAAAUGUACGAUAGCCACCGCAAUCGUUACGAGAAAUUAAGGGGAAACGUAUCCGUGAAGUUGAAGUUUCUUCAUGAGAACCGAGUGAAGGUGAUGCAUAAACAAUUACUGCUGUUUCACAACGCCAUCUCUGCGUAUUUCUCGGGAAACCAGGCGAACCUGGAAGCGACGUUGAAGCAAUUCAACAUCAAACUACAAUCCCCGAACGCCGGGAUGCCAUCGUGGUUGGAAAAGUGAAACCGACCAUAUGAGUGGUUUGGUUAGUUGAGAUGCCCAAUUUUUUUUUUUGCUUUCUCUUGCUUCUGUGAAAAACAAAAGAAAAUUUGAAAACAUUCCUUAGCCUUCUCCGAAACCCUUCGGAACAGCUGAAGGAAGCGAGCAUGUGAUGGUCCACUUUGGGGAAGGGAAAUGUGUUCUUACACCCGAUCUUUUAAUUGUUCCCUUUGGAGCCACUUUUCGUGAGAAAAGUCGGUUGAGAAAAUUUUCAGAUUGUGCGAACGUUUUUGGAUGCGUUAGAUUUUUGCAAACUUUGCUUGCCAGAAAGAAGGAAGACGAGGCUCACUUUCGUGAUCUGGGUUGUAUUCGGAGUUGUUAAAGCCGUACCUUGUUGUUGCUUUAUGUUGUGGUGCCUGAGUGAAGUCACAGUUUCUGUCAUUAUUUAUUGGUAUUGAAGAGUGAGCACAGUGGGGAUUUAUUUAAGCUAGUCAUAGAAAUAUUUGGGAAAUCCAAUAAAGUAUGUCAAACCAA